AUUUAGGUAAUUUGUUCACAGGAGCUGGAGCUAACGAAAAGAAAAGGAAAUGUGAAUUGGGCGAAGGCCCUAGCAACAAAUACAGCAAGUUUAAAAUGACGCCGAAGAAAGAAGAAGAAAGUAAUGACAUACCUGAAAUUAUUUGCGAUACAAAAAAUAACCGCUCUUAUCAGAGGUUGCGAUAUUGUGGCAAGGGUGGUUUUGGUACCUGCUAUGAAAUAAGAGACACAGCCACAAACAAAAUAUGGGCGGGAAAAAUAUUAUCAAAGAAAGUGUUGGCAAGAUCAAGCCAGAGGAGAAGAAUUAGUCAAGAAGUAAAGAUACACAGAUCACUGCAACACAGGCAUGUGGUCGGAUUCCACAGCGCUUUUGAAGACUCAAAAUAUGUUUAUAUUGUGCUGGAAAUGUGUAAAUGUCGGUCAAUGUUGGAGCUGCAUAUAAGAAGAAAUACCAUCACGGUGCCAGAAAGCCGAUAUUUCAUCCACCAAAUAUUCCUGGGAGUACGGUACUUGCACAGCAAGCGCAUUAUCCACCGAGAUCUAAAACCUGGAAAUAUCUUCCUCGAUCAUGAUCUCCAAGUUAAGAUCGGAGACUUUGGACUGGCUACUAGAUUUAAUUAUGAUGAUGACAGAAGGCAGAGAUAUUGCGGGACACCUAAUUACAUGGCACCUGAGAUACUGACCUUAGAGGGUCAUUCAUAUAAAGCCGAUAUUUGGAGUCUUGGGUGCAUCAUGUACACAUUGCUGGUUGGCAAGCCGCCAUUUGACGCGUCCACGGUCGAAGGCAUAUACAGCAGGAUCAAGCAUUGUGAUUAUACGAUCCCGUCAUCAUUACACCAACACGCGGCAUCCUUGAUAUCGCUGCAGCUGCAACUGAGUCCUAGACGAAGGCCGUCAGUGGAUAAACUACUUAAGCACGAGUUUCUUAUCUGUGGCAACAAGCCUACGUCACUUCCUCUGUCUUGCCUCUACACAGCGCCCAGGACUGACCAUCUCGGGUGGUUCACCACAUACCUUCUACCACCCCGCGAAUCUAGCUCUAGUGCUAACGCUCAAGUACCGACAGCCACAGCGGUGGAGGAAGCGCCAAAGAACGAGCCAACCCAAGCCGAGACACCCGGCGUGGAGCCAAUUAAGACUCAAGAACAAAACAUUAACGAAAUUCGAUGCCUACUUACCUUGUUGCUCGGUGAAGACUUCAAAAAGCUGAAAUAUCGUUAUGAUAGUCUGCCGGAUGAAUUGAGCGAUCCCGAAGCCCAUCCGUUGGUGUGGGUAAGCAGAUGGGUUGAAGACAGCAACGGGUUUGGCUAUCACCUGUGUGAUGAUAAUAUUGGCGUCCUGUUUCCAGACAACACCAAGCUUAUUAUUAUGGCUAAUGGCCUGAACGUUCACUACGUAGAUCAACAAGAUCACGAGUCAUAUAUGACUAUAACUCAAUAUCCACAAGAACUUGAGGAGAAAAUGGAGAAACUUAUUUACUUUAAAAAAUAUAUGACAGACAAUCUAAAGACAACUGGUGACACGGAUCCAGUAAAAGAAAGUGAUGCAAUGGCCAGAUUACCUUACGUGCGACAGGUUUUCAAAACCCCACAAGCUAUAUUCAUAUAUCUAAACAAUGGGACAUUGCAACUCAACUUCAAUACUCAUACGAAGCUGAUUAUCUGCCCCAAGAUGAAGGCGGUCACACAAAUGGACAUGGGAAGAAUCUUCAGGACAUUCCGCUUGGGCACAAUUGAUGAGCAUGGCUGUGAUUUGAAACUGUUUUGUAAUUUAAAAUACGCUCUUGAGCAACUCAUCGGCGGAUUAGCAUAAGGUGGAUAAGCCAUGCUAGUCAUCACGCGUUUACCCAUAUGGUACUUAAUAAUUACUGAAAUGUAUUUAAUAUUUGAGUACUCUAGUUACCUGAUAUUUUCAUAUACCUUAUUAGGUACGCAAUUCGCUUGGAUUUAUUUAACUGUCGUGCGAAUGUGUAUGUAUAAUAAGCAAUCCUAGUGUUCAGAAUAAAAAUCUGAACACUAGAAUCUCCUGUUAAGUUUUAGUUAUAUCCUAAUACCUAAUUGGUAUAGUUUAUUUUAAUUUUUUUUAUAAAUUUUGUAGCUUAAUUUAUAUAUGAAUGUUUACCGCCUGUUAUAUUAUGGCAAUAUAUGUCAAAUAAGUGCUCCUGUCUCUAGUGUGCAGAACCACUUAUUAUAGUUUAAAUUUUUUACAUAAACUACGAAACGCCACUAAAGUGCGCGUGUUGUUUAUGAUGCGUAUGAAUAAAAUAUGGUAUACGUAUUUUUGACAUUACUAUAUAUCAUUUAGGCACGAACUAAGCAGGUUGCACGUUUUUUUCCAAAUCUACAUAACCCGGUGGUUUCCAACUAGUCAAAUUCAAUUCUUUUAUUGAAAAAUCAAAAACUAAUAUUUUCUGUGAAUUUUGUAAGAAAUCUAUGAAGUAGAACUGUUUUUACGUCAAAUAGCUUACUUAUUUUUGAAACAUUUACUAGAAAAAAUAUAAAUUUAGGUAUUUCGUUAAAUCAAUGUUUCAGAAAAUAUAAUGCUAUAUUAACCAUUAACUACUACCGCACGAGUUCACCAUCUGCUCGGCUCCCUUUGAUCGUAACUUGAUGAUUUGAUACUUUCUCGAUAAAGGGAUUAUCCAAUACAAAAAUAAUUAUUCCAACAAAAUUGAAACCAGGGCGUAACCUAAAUAGAGUAGCUGCGCAGUGACCUUGUAAAUGCGUCGUGCAAGAGCUCAAAUAGUCUUAUUGGGCCUAUAAUUAAAUCUUGAUUGUUAUCUUUAACACUACUAGUCGACUGUUAUUCUCUUAUUAGUUAAGUUUAUCGACUUUUACUAUAGACACCUUAUUGCCUGAUUAUUACGAAGAAAAAAUAGGACAAAACCAAAUAGUAUAUACUAAUAAGAAUAAGUAUGGUUUAAUUACAACUUUCUGUCUGGGAUAGUCAGGAGAAACAUACCACAUAUAAUGUGAAUGUGACCGAUAAUAAUUGACGAAACAGAAAUUAUAAUGUUGACACAAAAUUUGUACAAAUAACACAAAUAUAGAUAAAAUUAUUUUCUCAUGUAAUAUUUUGCUCCUGUAUUUUCAGUCAUUUAAUACAAUGAAACAAUGAAUUUAUUUUUGCAAAUAGGCCAUAAAACGGCACUUUUACCAGCAAAUUAUAUGUGAAAAACUAGAUGAAGCCGGCAUUUCGUAUCUGACUACUCUGAGAAGAAAUGCCGAUACAAACUCAGAGGUCAGUCUCUUUUCAAGUCCAGACAAUGUAAAAUAACAUAAUGUGAGAGAACCAAGCAAGUUCAUUCUGUAGUAUUCUGUAGUCUUUUGAGGUCAUAACUACAAAUAAUAAAUAAUCGAGUAACUUGGUGUAUAGUCAACGGCAGGUAAGGAGUUGCUAACUAAUGUCAAUUUGUCAAAUUAUCGAAAGAAAUAGAAAAGAAAUGCAUUAAUAACGAAGCAGUGAAAGAAAGAGAUGCAAAAUGCAAAUCUGUGUCUGGAUGAGUGUCAACAUUUUAAUUUGACUUACUUAAAUUUCAAAAUUAUAUUGCUUUAUGCAAAUUCAAAGAAUAUUUCAAUAAAAUAUUUUUAAAAAAUAUUUUAUUGGACAAAGCUCCGUAAAGAUCAAAAUGCAUUUAUGGUUAUUCCAUCUAAAGAAAAACAAGAGUUACAGAAAGUGUUCAGGGACCACGGGUAUGGUUGAUACUGAUUUGGGUGUCGAUUUAUUCGGAUUGACACAUAAGCCAGAAGUCUGAUGUAUUUUUUCGGAAACUAUUUGCCCUCAAUACGGUGUCUAUAGUGUAAGAAGUCGAUGAUCAAGUUGAAUAUAACGUAUAACGCUGUAAAGACUGAUUAUUUAAUUAAUAUUAUAUAUAAACUAU